UCUAGCUGGAGACGUCUUUAUGUACAUGAUUUGGUUCUCCGCCGGUGACACAUCUCCCUCCUCUGUAGCGUCUCUGUGUCCCUCUCUUGGUUCUCCGCCGGUGACACAUCUCCCUCCUCUGUAGCGUCUCUGUGUCCCUCUCUUGGUUCUCCGCCGGUGACACAUCUCCCUCCUCUGUAGCGUCUCUGGCCUCCCCACAGUCCUGUCCCUGCUACUGAAGUUACCAUUAGCAACUGGGCAGCGCCCGGCGGAGCAGCUACCGCCGCAGUCGAUGGUGUUCUGGGAAAUACAGUAGGUACUGAAAGCUCUCUUUGAAUUCCAGACAUGGUAAAGGCCUUGACAGACGAGUGAAUCGUUGUCUGUUGGGAUGUUUGUGAAGCUGGCAAUGGUUAACACGUAAGGUCGCAGUGAGUGGCCUUGCCAUGUUGCCAGGAGUCGGUGUAUUUGGCACGGGUAGCACAGCCCGAGUGCUGGUCCCGUUGCUGAAAGCUGAAGGCUUUGAGGUUCAUGCGCUCUGGGGGCGAAGUGAAGAGGAAGCGUGCUGCUUGGCGAAGGAGCUUGGCAUCCCAUUUCACACCAGCCGAUCUGAUGACGUCCUACUGCACCAAGAUGUCGACCUUGUUUGCAUCCAUAUUCCACCUUCAAUGACGAGGCAGAUUGCUGUCAAAGCACUGGGUAUAGGUAAGAAUGUUGUGUGUGAGAAAGCUGCAACUGCUGUGGAUUCAUUCAAGAUGGUGACUGCUGCCAGAUACUACCCCCAGCUGCUCAGCAUUAUGGGUAAUACCCUGCGCUUCCUGCCUGCCUUUGUUGCAAUGCGCAAGCUGCUGGUGGAGGGAUAUGUUGGCGAAAUGCAGGUGUGUGAUGUCCGAGUCUAUGGCCCGAGCCUCCUGGAUCACUCGUACGGCUGGACAUGUGAAGAGCUGAUGGGAGGAGGCGGUCUGCACACUGUCGGCUCUGCCAUAAUUGACCUUUUAAGUUACCUAACCGGUGCACGAGCCCAUCGUGUUCAUGGCUUACUGCGGACCUUUGUACAACAGAAUGGUGUUAUCCGAGGCAUCCGCCGCGUCACCAGUGAUGAUUUCUGUUUCUUCCAAAUGUUGAUGGGUGAAACUGGGUCUAGCUCUGGUAGUGUGUGUUGCACUGUGACACUGAACUUCAACAUGCCAGGGUCGUAUGUGCAUGAGGUUAUGGUAGUUGGAUCCACUGGGAGACUCGUUGCAAGGGGGACAGAACUGUAUGGUCAGCGCAAUGGGAGUAAAGGUGAGGAGCUUUUGCUAGGCGACAAUGGGUGGGCAGGACCAGAGGUGAAAGAGAUGCCCCUGCCUCACCUGCGGGGGCUGAGCUCCAUGGUAAAGGCACUGAGACAGUCUUUUCAGGCUCACGAAGAGCGCAGGUCAUGGGCGCGAGGACCGGUUGCCAUGGCACCGACAUUUGAGGAUGGUCUGUACGUGCAGACGGUGGUCGAGGCGGUGAAACGGUCCAGCUGUAGUGGAGAAUGGGAGUGUGUUGAAAUCAUGAGUCAGGAGCCAGAUCCGAAUCACAACCUGUGCGAGGCUCUGCAGAGAAAUAAGAACUAAAUUAUUUAUACACCCAGUGCAACUACUACAUGUGUCUGACAAAACUUGGCUCUGAAUGUUUUUCCUUUAACUCAGCUGCAGUUUACAUUACCAUGACUACUUUUUGCAUUUUCACAUUUUGAGCAGAAUAUUUUUAUUGAGAAAACGUAACUGUGUUGUGGAUGUUUGUGCUCUCACCGUUGUGAUUUGUUUGUACACUAAACUUGUCGUCCACGGCUCCAUUAUUCUGAUUCUCAGCAGAAAAUAUUGUAUUAGCUGUGUAUUUAGUUUUAAGUGUGUCAAAACCUAACUGUGCCCUGCUGACGGGUUUAUUUCCUGCACCAAUGCUAAAAAGUAGACAGAGCCCUUAUUCUCACUGAAGCUUGGAGUCAUGACGGCACAUUUCCAGCUAAAUAAGGUUGAUACUCGUCACCUGUCAGUGAGGCACCACACCUGUGUCAAAUAUUGGCCAAAAGCAAAUUUACUGGAGUCAAAAAAAUAACCUUUCAGUGGAUGUCUGACGUUUGCCUGUAUCCUCACUUCAAGCAGCUCGUCUGGGUGCAUUUCUGUUUUUAAGAAACUGUAUUACUGAUAAUGAAAGAUAGAGCCACCAAACGUAUACCUCGUCCUUGUGACUGAGGUAUGCCAGAACAGUUUUUUAAGUUAUGUCAUCGGAACGUCAGUAAUUAGUUCCGAUUUAUUAAUUUUUUGCAAGUGUUUGGAUAUUAGGAUACACCAAUAAAUUGAUUACUAGAAAUAAAAAAAGUGUAGUUAGUGCACAUAGUUUCUGUUAACAACCCAGUUUUGAAUCAUGACCAAUUGUUAAUAACCACAAGGUUUUUGAAAUGUAUCUGUAAAUUAUUACUUGCUUUACAGUUGGGUCCCGCACAAUUUUUCCAAGCCUUUUAAGUAAUUUGUCUCAGAUUAAAAACUGUGUUAGUGUACAGUCUAACAGAGAAAACAUUUUAUUGUACAUUUAGAUGUUGAUGUGUUUUGGUGUUAAUUUAUUCCCAACACAAGUUGCACCUUAUUCUGUGUUUACUUUGGACGUGAAUGUGGAUGUAGGGAUGGUUUGUCAAAACGAGGUGACGGGCAGAAUUCAAAUGAUGCCCCACUGGAGCUCAAACUUUGUAAACUUCAGAAUAAGAAUAAUGGAGCUGUGCAGAGUUUUGUUUUAUUUCUUUAUUUUUGUAAUGUGUAAUAAUAAGUAUACAUUUAAAAGAAGUGGAAACGAUCGCAAUAGAGGCUUGUAGGUUUUUAUGUUAUGACAUGCCAUGACAUACGUAAGAUACCAGGGAUUGAGUUAAAUAAGCUAUGUAGAAAACACAAUAAUGAAAAGUCUAAUUUGUAGCAUUGCCCCUCAAAAUGCCCAAUACUUAAAGUUAUACUCCAUCUUAAAUCUUUCUUUUGAGUAUUACUCGCACUCUAGCAUAGAAAAGAGUUCCCUCCUUCACAAACAGCAGCUACAAUGAGCUGGAAUUUGUGGUGUUUCAGUAGUGACGCGUUUUCAUAGUGGAGAAACAUAUCAAAACUUCUUCUAAAGAAGUCUAUACACUUCAAACCAUUCCUGCAGCAUCCAUGUUCUCAGUAUGUUCAGUCAUCAUCUCAUCAACAACGACUUAGCUAAAUAUACUACUUCAAAAGCUUCGAGGAGGACGGUAGCGCAACACAGAUGUAGUUUGUAGAAAUAUUUUGGGUAAACGUUGACUGUUUGAACAAACAAAGAACGAGGGUUGAAUUGGAAAAGGAUUUAUGAUGUGAUGUUUUGUACCUGUUUUCUUGUCACCAGCAACUGAUGCUCAAAAGACAGAUUUUAGGUGGAGUAUCACAUUAAAUCUUUGAUCAACAGAAACAGGCUUGUCCUAGAAAUUACAGAUUAGUGACAUUUUAAUUGUUAAACUUUCAAAGUUUUAGAUACAAAGCCUGAGGGUUUUUUGACAACUAAAUGUGUGUAAAAGAUUUGUUUACGUGUUAACCAUUGUAAUGAUUGUAUAUUGUUUUACAAGAUUUUGAUUCAUGCAAUGAUGCAUUCAAAGUUAUUACAGAUGUUUAAAUACACAGAGCGGGGCCACCAUCCGAACCACCUUAUACCAUUCAUCCUGAAACCUUACUGAUCCUUUCAUUGAGUAGAACCACUGGAUUUGACAUGUGUGAGAGUAUAACUGUGCCUCUCGAACGUGCUCGGACCAAGAGAAGCAAGAAGUCCCUCACUGCAUCUCAGUACUGCUGAAUAUCCUUAUAAUGCUGAGACAGGAGAUGUUGCAGCAGUGUACUGGUUUGAUUUGAUUGGUCUGUUCCCUUCUUAGACCCACGCAGGAUCUGCAGAUACGUACACGUUACACGCUUACCUCACGCUAUCCCACAGUGCUUUACAAAAACAAUACACCAAGUUUACAUUAAGUGUCUUUAUAAAACACAUCACAUUUUCCUGUAGGAUGUUCUAUUACCCACCAAUAAAAUACAUUCCAACCCUAGUUUUCAGCUUCUUGUUAACAGUCUUGUUGUUUUUGCACUGAUAAAACACCACAUAUUUAAUAUGCAGUGUGACACUUGUACCAGCCAGCUUGCUGCGAAAAUGAAUUUAACAUUUGUCUGUGUAAGGAAGACUUUGUAUUUAUUUAUGUCUUGGUGUGGAAAUGGUUUCCAAUGGUUUCUUCUGUUCAGUGUUUGUGUUUUCAGCCUGUGAAUUUCUGUUUAAAGCUGUAAUAUUUAUCUUGUUUAGAUUUAGUGUUUUAAUUGAUAAUAUGGCUUUUUGAGCACAAUGUGUUGCAUUCAAGUUGGGAAACUGUACUGUUCAUCUGCCUGACAGACCUUUUCUUUUAAUAAAAACAGUUGUAUUCA